AUGGACCGACCCACCGCCGAGUACGCACAGUCAGACCCGACUUCCGUCACUACUGCCGCGGCUCCUCAUUACCCUCACCCGCCGCAAUCUGAAGGACGCCCAAACCCGCAGUACUCCCACACGCCGCAGCCCGAGGCCCGGCCCGCGAACAUUUCCUCGUCCAACACCCCCCAACCCGAGUACGGACUGAACCCACCGCCUGCUCGUUCGCCCGCAUACCACCAGGAUUACCUCCCGCGCCCGCCAUCUUUUGCUCCCAACUCUCAACCCGGUGGUGCGCCCGGUAUGGCUCAAGCAACAAGUCCGUUCCAGCCCACUCCCUCUGCCAUCACCACCUCUUCUGCUUCUCCUGUACCCAUGACUUCUUCUCAUUCUGUUGCUCCCGGCUCGCUUCCGGCGUCCGACUCGAUCGCGACGCCGCGCAGUCCUGACCCGGAACCCGAAGCUACUCUUGCCUCGUUGCCCGCCUCCCACAACUUCACCUCUGACGCGCCUAUCCCUCUAGAUCCCUCGCUGCCGGCCAACAGCCCGACUUAUCCCCCUCCUUACUCCCCCUAUCAGCCACAGGGACACGAGAUGGCGCAGUAUCAGGGGCACCCUCCUCCUCCGCAUCAGAUGUACGCGCGCCCGGACUGGGGACACGGCUAUGGACAGCAGCAUCACGGUCUGCCGGGGCCCUAUGCCUCCCCCGCGGCCACCACGGUUAGUUCUCCUUCCUCUGUGGCGACCGGAGGGUCGCGCACCGGUCAGGUCUACUCCUUCGUCCCCAUCCCGGGAGCUCAGCAACACAAGCGGCCCCGUCGUCGAUACGAGGAGAUUGAGCGGAUGUACAAGUGUGGAUGGAACGGUUGUGAGAAGGCAUAUGGUACCUUGAACCAUCUGAAUGCUCAUGUGACGAUGCAGUCUCACGGUGCCAAGAGAACCCCUGAAGAGUUCAAGGAGAUCCGCAAGGAAUGGAAGGCCCGUAAGAAGGAGGAAGAGUCCCAACGCAAGGCCGCGGAAGAACGGGAACGAGCUGCUGCCCAAGCAGCCCAGGCCGGCCAGGUGGACGCUCCUGGCUCCUCUGACCCAUCACAGGGUGGCCCUCCCUCCGCGUACGGCAACGGUGUCCGUCCUCAACUGCCUCCCAUCGGCUACCAGCCCGCCGACGGUCAAGUCCAAAGCCAGUAUGGGGGCCCCAGCAACGGAAUGGUUUACCAGAGUAACGGACAGAUGGGAUACCCUCCCAACUAUCCUCACUCUCCAUACCAGAGCGGCCCUGUAUACCAGCAACUCCCGGACUUCUUCGAACUGUACUUUGCAAUCGCUGCCCUGCUCUGUAUUCUGAACCACGAUAUCCCAUUGUCUGACCUGCGUCACCUGCGUCACCUUGUCACCGGAUUCGCCUCCAUCCCCUCCCGGUUUUGCCCUUGCUCUGGAUAUCACUCAUCCUGUGAUCUGCUGUCCAUUGCCCUCGACAUCUUUGAUACCAUCUUCUUGCAGGCCUUCUAA